GUACGAUCCAGCUAAACGAGCUGCGGAAGCUGAUCCGGGUGGAAGACAUCGAAACGCUGCUGAUCAACGCGAUGUAUCCUGUGCAAAAACGUCCACACCCCGCCAGAGUUGUCAUGCUCCUUUGCAGUUCUUUAUAGAAAUAAUAAUGAUUGUAAUGCGCACCCCCCCAUGAUGAUCAUGAAGAGGGGCAUUCUCUAUCGUGUUUUGGAAUUUGUAAUGCUGGAAACAGGAGAAGGGAAUGGAUUUGUGGUGCGGCUCUCCUUGCUAAACUGCACAACACCAGAGAGAUGAACUUGUCAUGCGCGACUUCCAAAACUUGCGGACUUGUGUUGCUAAGUUCGCAAUUUGGCUAUGGGAUGGGAACGUUUUUCCUCAGGAUGCGAUGUGUGCGGACCUCAUCAAGGGAACGAUCGACCAGGUGGAGCAGAUAUCAAAUGCAAAUACCUCUCAGUCUAGAAGAUGUAAUGCUAUGUUGUCGUGCUCGUCUCACAUGAGUCUUGAAUCUGUAAUGCGUGAGCAGGAAAUAUAAAGCCUUUCGCCUGUCGUGCAAAAAUUUAGUUUGUCAUGCGGAAAGCGAAAGCGAAACGCAAAGGAGCCAUCCAGAAACUUGUCAUGCGUGGCUGCGCAUUGCAGUGAACCCACCAUUUUUUGCUAUCCAGCAUCACAAGUUUCCUCCAGACCCGGACAUAUUUGCAUUCGAUAGCAGACCUUCUCUUACCACUACGUCAAGCCGCGUGUGCUGGAUAAGACGAGAAUCCACGACCUCGAGAGCAGGGUAAGGGUAUUUUUGAAGGAUAGUACUUUAGCUACAUCUUUAUUCCACGAGGACCUCCGCCCUCUUGUUCGUGAUGCGUGACAUGUAGAAAUGUCUUCACUUUAGUUUCGCACACGCGCAUGACAAAUUUUCUCACUCUGAUUUUGUCUACCGCAUCACAAAUUUUCGUAGGUCACCACAUGGAUCGAGCAGCAAAACGUGGUGUUGAAGCAGUUCGAAUAUGAAUAGUGCAAAAGUAUCGUACCUAGCUGAAAUCGCAUCACAAAGUCGCUCGGCAUGUAAACAAAUGGAAUUUUUUGUCGUGCUGAAUUACGUAAUAACCUAGAUUUGUCAUGCAAAAAUAUUGCGAUUACUACGUGUACGAUACUUUUGCAGAGGAUAUCGAAGAGCUGUACGAAAGAGGAAGAUUUUUUACUUGUCUUCAAGGAGAAGAAGGAUGGACUAUUAAGGGCGUCAUGCGAAUUUGUCAAGAACAGAAUUUUUGUCAUGCUAGCUAGGAUCUCGAUCUCCCGUGAAACAAACGGUGGCGUGCUGCUCGUUGCACUUUGGAGCUUUACUCCUCUAUCUCUUUAAAGAAAAAAAAUCUACUGCAAGGUCGGCGGGCUAAUGCGCAUCAGCAGUUCUUAGAAAAAUAUCGACCCGUCAUUUGUUUUAUUUCGACAAGGAUCAUCUUCUUUCCUUUCAUACCCUCACCCCGGAGUUACUGGUGACGGUGUGAUAAUAAGUACCAAGGGGCUC